UUGAAUUCACCUGCUCUGUUCUUAGGAUCAAUGCGUUAUGUGUAAAAUUCUAAACGUCUGUUAUGAUUCUGUGAUCAUGUGCAUUUAAGGUGAACCAUGAUAACCUACCCUUUCUUCUGCAUUAUCUAAACAGAAAAGAUUCAGAAACAUAUUUUGUACAACUUCAUUCCUGGUGAGGCGACCGAAUCGUCAAUCAAGUUAGAUCCAAGCUGAGCAACUCGAUUGAAAUUGAUGUGGUCGUUCCUAUGUUGUUCCAAGAGUAGGAAAAACUUGUACGCUGAGUCAGAUAUGUUGAGAAGCCCACGUUCUCGGUAUUGUCUUGAUUCAGUAACUUGUAAGGUUUCUGGAACUUCUGAGGUUUCCUGCAUGAACUGACUCAAAACAAUGACGUUAUCCUCUAACAGAGUGAUCUUCUUCAUUUCUUUAACAACCUUACAGAGGACUUCCCUUGACAUGGACUAUCUGUUUUCUGCGACAUAUCUUCGGGACUUUUCCAACAAGUCCAUCCACCAAGAUACCGAAAUUUGCCCCAUCCAUCCGGACCAAUGUCUGAUACUUUCAGGGUGUGCGACUCUUCCCCUGCAUUCAACGGAACAGAUUUGCUGAUUUCAGCAACACACAUGUGGUUCAAAUGAAACAGAAGUUGUGCUCCCAAAAUUCGCUCACUACAAGUGAGUUCUGACCAUCAUUAUGUCACUUCUGUAUUCAUUCGUUAGAAACAAUUCGUUCAGCUUUCUUGUAACUUGUGUGAAAUUUGCAGCCGACAUGUGCACUUCCUUUGCAUUUCCUGAGAGAUAACCCUCAAAGAGAUGAAUCACCCUGCACCAAAUAACUCUUCCUGUUAACAGUUCAAAUAUUUUCAGAUUUGCGAUUCCAUAUUGUGCAGCUUCUUUGAUGGAUUGACUUAACAUAUCCACAUUUCAUCCUUUGUCAGUGUCUCCAAGAAAUUUUUCACAACGAAAUCAUCUGGUGGUUGGGUCAAUGGAGGAUGUUGAGGUUCUUUGUUGAGCGUUGGUCAUAUGUUGGAGAAUUUGAUUAAAGUUUUGUUUCACUCUUUGGUUUGAUGCAAAACAUUUUAAAAUCGGUUCUUUGUGGAUUGGCAGGUCUUCAUCAAACUGAUUUGAAUUUUCGUCGUUAAUUGGGCCUUCUUCACAAUCCAACUCACAAUUGGUACUCUCCAGUACUUUAUUUCUACAACAUGUGAAUGACAAGACCGGAUUACCAUGCUGUGAAUUUGCUCGAUUUGCGCUAGUUGCUUUAGCAGAAAUCGCUUCUGGAAGCUGAUAACUUGAAGCCUUUCUUCGGAUCUGACUCUCGACAAUGCCACAUACGUUUUACCAGUGUCAAACUCUUUGGCUGCAAUGGAUGACAACAUAGCGCUCUGUGCACAGUGAUGGCAUACGAGAGGCUCAAGGGAAACUGCGCCUGAGAUGCUUGAACCUGCCCAUUCUUCCUGUAUCAUACCAAGUUGUCCGAGGAAUGGAAACCACUCCAACGUUGGGAAAUUUGAUCAAGAGACUUUCGUUCUUACUGUCUGUUUGAUCUGCAUCAAUGAACGUACCCAAAGUUCCAUUGGUUAACGAUUUUUGAAAUGUUGAAUAAAAGCAUUACCUUACAACCAUGUUCCAGCAUUAAAACCUUAGGGACAGUGUUUUUCAAGAGGCCAGUCCGUCCUGUGUCAAUACUUUCGUACCUCAAAAUUUCUCCUGAGAGACAUGAUAACAUAUAGGAAUUGUGCACUUCUACAGGUGCGUUGGUACGUUGUCUCCAAUAUCAAUUUGUCGUGACAAACUACAAAGAUAUGCCUCUGUGUCAACAUUGCAUCCCCCAUUCGUAAACUGUCCAAAGCUUUCUUAAAAUUCCCUUCAAACUCACUUUGCCUCAUAAUCUUUUACAAAACAAUUCUAUGCGAGAAAACCUUGCCAAAAAGAACAGAUUUAUGCAUUGGAUCUCCAGGGUCUAAACAAACUUUGGAUCAGCUUUAGCCGACAAAAGUCUCCUCCUAUAUCACCUGUAUCCCACCAAAGUGGAAUUGUUCUGAACUGAAAAUCCGUUCUGAACUGAAAAUCCGUUCUGAACUGAAUCCCCUUUUUAAAUUCUUUUGCUUAUUGUGUCAUUUGAAAAAGAAUAUGUACUUGCUUUGUCUACAUGGCUGGGAUCGAAUUGCUUUCCAGUGGACCUCAGUCUGGAUGAAAAUGGAUUUGUUUUCACAAACAUCAGAGCAUUUUAAGAAAUUGUGCAUCAUUUUAAAAACACUUUGUGUGGACAUUGAAAUGCAUUUACUGUAAUAAUGAUAAAGAUUUGGAUUUCGGAACGGUUAUAUGGUUACAUGUUUUCAACUUGGUCGUGCGGAAAAAAGAAUAUUUGUCAGAUCACUCCAGUCUGCAAUCAAUCGCUGUUUUACUUAUUAAGUGAGUUUUAAAACAAUCUCAUAAGUACAGCAUAAAUGUUUAAUAGCCGUCUUGAUGUUUGAAAUACAAAUUUCUGUGUGGCCUGAAUCCGUUAAUAAACUCAUUUCAGAGCGUGCUAUAUUUUCGAGAUAGAGUGUGUCCAUCGUUGGCGGCGUAGCCGGUACAGUGUUUUCAAAAUAUAGGCAUAAAGCUAUUGUAUAAUGCCGGCAAUAAAGUUUAGUUCAUAUACAUAACAUAAAAUACCUAGGCUUUGCUCAUGCGUCUUGUCCUUGCAUAUAUCUUUUAACUGUUGCACAGUUUAUUAACUCAUUAACUGGCAAUGCGCCCUGAGAUUGGCACGCCCUCAAAUGACACCUCAACUUGCGGGCAUGAUAUUUGAGCACAUGUUUAUUGGGUUGCCUAGCAACAGAUACAAAAUAGAACGUGAAAUUUGAGCUUUUCAAUGGUGUAUCAUGCAAGAAAAUCGGUCAGAAACUCGCAAGUUUAAAACCUUAGUUCUUCAAAAAUAAUGAAUAAUGGCAAUACUGUUGGAAAGAAGAAUUUCACAUAAAUGUUUUAAAAGCAAAAAAAGAAGAGGUUUUUGAAUGAUCCACAAUGAAAUUUGGCAUGAAAGGAAAUGGCAUGAAAUGUAUUGCCAUUUUGGGCCAAGUACUUCUGUGAACCAUGUGCAAGAUUUUGCACACGGCUCACAGAAGUACCGAAAAGAUGAGGAUUUCUCCAAACUUUAUUAUUAAAAAUAGAAGUCGAAAAUCACAAGAAAGAUAAACACGGCCCCGUGACCCCAUUGUUGGUCAUCUUGCUCAAGUUAUUUUAGCUAAAGUAUGUUUCACACGACACCAGAUUAAAUUACUGUGUGCGUAUGUGCCCUAUUUGGCAAGAAUACUUUGAGUAUUAAAUUACACUAAAUAAGUAGGAUAUUCCAAAAUCACUGUUAUAUCUAUUUUCAUCAAUUUAGUCUUAAAAUGACAACUCAUUUCAGACAUAUUGUGGUUUAAAAUAAGUGUAUUGAAUUAAUGCACUUGCUUGCCACAUGCAAAUUCUCAAAAAGUCCACACUGAGUUCUAAAGCUUUUAAAAUGCUUUUUUACUGGCUUUUAUAUACCCUAUAAAACUUUAAAUCGAUAUUAAAAGCAGAUAAUUAUGUUGAUGCAAUAUCAUUUUCUAGUACUCCAUGUUGAAUCAGAAGGAAAUGUUAUCAAAAUAGGUCGCGACGGUUGUUUGCAAAAUGUCACUUCUCUCUGAAAUAGCUUCCAUUGCCCAUUGCUCACUUAUUUAUCAUGAAAUCAUUUCACUAGAACAUUUUUAAUAAUGUCUAUGGGAGACUUUGUAAUUUUCUGAACUAGAAGUAUAUGGUUUUGAGGUGUUUAUUUUAUAAAAUAGCAUGUGCGACAAAAUGGCACUAUGUGGUUUCUCACAUUUGACAAACAACCAAAGAUGAAAGUUCUUAUUUCACCCUUUUAUAGCUAUGUGGAAUACCUGAAUAUUAGGUUAUGAUGAGCAUAUAGAUAACAUUUCUACACAAUAGUCCUUAUGAAGGCUUAUUUCAAACUCAAAAAUGCGAUUGAAAACAGAGCCAGACUUCAGAAGAAACCGCCUGUAAUAUCUAAGUACUAGGUAUAUAUUUGUGCUAUAGAAUAUAUUUAGCAUAACAUAACGAUACAGUUCUAAUUGAUGUCUUAGUGUGUGUGUUCCUUCUACACAACGUGUCCUAUCUAUAUCUAUUUAAUUAGUUCCGACCGUAUAGUCCUGCUGCCGAGUGAAUGACAUGACAUCAUUACUAUAUCACUCCCCUUUUUUUAUCUAAUUACUGACGAGGGAAUUCCCUCGCCAUAUCGUUCUGGUUGCCUGACAUUCCUUGUCGAUUGUCUUGGCUCAGGGUUACUAGUGUCAACUGUCUCGUUCGGUCCUUUCCGCGUCAUACGUUUCACUGUCAUCGUCGUCGUCAACUUGAACAUCAAUCUUUGGCUUCGGUAUUGGCUUGAAGUGUGAUACAUUGCGAGUUAUAGUGUGUCCUGUCUGACUAUGUGCUGUCACUGUGUUGUUGUUUUGCGAGAUGACAAUGUUGGGUGUUUCAUUGAAAUUAGGGGUGAGUUUGUUCCAUCUCUCUUGCUUCCACAAAACGUAGUCGCCAACUUUUAUUGGGCUUUCUCUAACGUUUCUCUUUUCAUCAGCGUAACGUUUGUUAUAUUGUUGUCUUUCACCUUCCUUUUCCCAAGCCUCGUUGUGACGGUUAACAAGAUUGCAUUUUUGUAAAAUAGGAAGUUUUCCUUGAACUUGGCGAUUAAAUAACAGUUCAGAGGGUGGAAGACCAGUGGUACAAUGUGGUGUGGUGCGAUAGUACAACAGGAAACGACUUAGCUCUUGUUUCCAUGGACGACCGUCAGGUUUAGCAGCUUUCAGGGAUUUGCCUAAGGAUUGCAUGAAGUGUUCUACCUCAGCGUUGCCUUGGGGCCAUUUGGGAGUAGAGAAGAUUGCCUUUAUUCCAAGGGCAGUGAGAUAGCGUUGGUAUUCUUCGCCAUUGAAAGGGGACCAUUGUCGCUUUUGAGAAGGGUAGGAAUGCCAUGAACGGCAAAGAUCUUGUCGAGUUUUGGUAUCACAGUAGAGGCUCUCGUGGAGUGGACAAUUUCGACCUCGGGAAACCGAGAAUAUCUAUCUACAAUGACAAGAAGGUAUUCUCCAGUGGGUAGAGGACCAUAGAAGUCGACAUGAACAGUUUGCCAAGGUCCAUCAGGCAUGGUGGUGGGGGUGAUUGGUGCUGGUGGGCCGGGUCGGCCAAGGGAUUGGCAAGUUAAACAGCGAUCAAGAGUUGUUUUAACCAUGGCGUCGAUAUUCGGGAACCAGAUUUUUUCGCGAAUUAAUGCUUUGGUUUUGGUUAGACCAAGGUGCGUCUUGUGGGUGAUGUUGAUUGCGCGUUGUUGUAAAGCUUGGGGGAUGACAAUUCGAUGUGCCCACGCAGGAUAAUGCCGUUGUUGGUGACUGUCAAUUCGUCUUUGAUGUGUUUGAAUGACGUCAGAAUGUCGGUGGACCACUUGUUUGUAUGUAAACAAGUCACGAGUCUUAUCUGCACGUGUAGCUGUGGCAAUUUCGUUGAGUGGCAUGGCGCGGGGGGGGCAGUGUGUCGUUCAAUAAAGUUGACAUAUUCUUCAGCCAUGCGAUCCGGGUGUGACAUGCAUGGUGAUGCAGGAUGAUGUGAUAAAUAAUCAGCGGGGUUGGUGGCACCAGGUUUGUAGAUGACGUUAAAGUGGUACAGUUGUAAUCGCAGAACCCAACGUUCUAUACAUGCAGACGGUUUCGAGGGGUUUGUGGUCGGUUACCAACGUAGAAUGAUGUCCAAACAGGAACAUCUGGAAAUGUUCGACAGCGAGGGCUUCUCGUUCGGUUUGGGAGUAACGUGUUUUGACGGGCGAUAAGGCAUGACUGGCGUAAGCAAUGACUUUGGAAUUUGCAACAUUUGGCGAUUUUUGUGAGAGGAUAGCCGAUACCCCGACAGGGCUCGUGUCGACGACAACAAAGGUCUCGUUAUGGAUGUCGAAAUACGCCAUGCAUGGGGCUGACGUUAGAGCGGCUUUCAGGUUGUCGAACGCGUUUUUAUGUACCGUGGUCCACACAAAUGGUGUGUCGUUUUUCGUUAGGAGACGGAGGGGGCAGUGAUUGUUGCAAAGUUGGGGAUGUAUUGACUGCUGUAGUUCGCCAUACCAAGAAGGCUUCGAACUUCUUGGACAGUGGUGGGUGUGGCCACAUUCUGGAGGUCGGCGACUCGUUGAGGGUCGGGUCGCGUGCCAUCGGCAGAGAAGAUUCGACCGAAAAAUUCCAAUGUGGGAUUCAAUAAUUUACAUUUACUGGCGUUGAGGGUCAAUCCUCGGGUUGUUAGACGUUAUAGGCACUUGUCUAGAUUUUCAUUGUGUUCCUUGCGAGUACUUCCAUAAACGAUAAUAUUGUCGGCUAUGUUCUUGACUCCGAUGAGUCCUUGUAAUUGUGUCUGAAGCGUGUAUUGGAAAAUCUUGGCGGCAGCGUUUGUCCCAUAAUUUAAACGUUUAUUAUAGCCCGAUGUGUGUACUAAAUGUGGUGAUAUGUCUGCUUUUCGGUUCGAGUUGGUGAUACGCCUGGGAUAAGUCCAAUUUCGAGAAAUAUUUCGCGCCGUUCAGUUCAAAUCUUACGUCAUCAACCGUAGGUAUCGGGUGUCGGACCCUUUUGAUCGCCUCAUUCUCUUGUCGCACGUCAACACAAAUACGCACUCCUCCAUCUUUUUUUGGCACGGCGACAAUAGGAGAAAUCCAGGGGGUUGGUUCAUCUUCAGGCACUUGUUCGAUUAUGUCGUCUUUUUCAAGGGUUAUGAUUGCAUCUUUAACUUUGUUUCGGAUAUGGUAAGGGAUGCGGCGCUGUGGUUGAGCUUUAGCAUUAGCAUUGGGAUCAAUGUUUAGGUGGACGGUCUGUCCUUUCAGUUUUCCCAAUCCGUCGAAAACUUUGGCAUUACUCUCGAGAAUGUCAUUGAGUUUGGGAUCUUUGUUAGGAUUUUGCGGCAAAGGUUUGGAAAUGUUGUUGAGGUGAAGACUGACGAGAUCCAGUUCUCGGGCUAUUGACAAGGAUAAGAGGUUACCGCUUGUUGAACCCUGUGCGACAUAAAAGGUCGCCGUGGUAAUUUUCCGGCGCGUUUUGACAGUUGCUGUAAACUUCCCAAGGAACGGUACCGGGGUUGUAGAGUUGUACGCAAAUGCUUUCGUCGUUGUCUUUUGUAGAGAGAUACAGCGCAAAGUAUGAUAUGUGCGUUCAUCGAUCACAUUUAUAGUUGCGCCUGUGUCAACUAUUGUGCUAAACGAAUGGGCACCCACUGUGACGUUAACUUGAGGCUUUUAUCGAGGCUGUGAAUUCCGUAGGUAUGAUCGUCAUCUGAGUCACCGGUGGUGUAGUGCUCGAGAGGUGAUAUCGGGUUUCGUGUGGCGUUGCUAUGGUAAUUCGGAGUGGAGUCUUGCUGUGCAAGACUGCCACUUGGUUGUGCAAUAGGUCUGCUUCGACAAAUGCUUUGAAAAUGGUUAAGUUUGCCACACUUUCGACACUGUUUGGCUUUCAUGGGGCAAAGACCUUUGUGAGGAAAAGAUCCACCACAAUUGCUACAUCCCGUCGGUCUGUAGAGAGCGUCAAUUUCAUCAAAGGUGCUCGUUGCGCUGUCAGGCGAUGUCGAUUCGAUGUCUUUAGCUUGGAAAGCGCUGUGUUCAUCUCGGCGGCCUUCUAAGAGCAUGGCAGCUAAAUUAAAACUUGGAUCACGCAACACACGUUUGCGGAUUUUCGAAGAGGCCCCUCCAAUAAUUAUUUGUUCUUCGAGUUCGAAAUCUGGCGAUGCGAACUUGCAAGUUUGGGCUAAAGUUCGAAGCCAUGUGUGAAAUUGAUCGAGAGUUUCCCUUGGUUCUUGCACAGCCUUUUCGAAAUCGAUACACCUCAUAGCAUCUGUUUUUCUGCGGUUCGAAAUGGGCAAGUAAUUUCGCUUUGGCAAUAUCAUAGUCUUUGUCUUUGCCAAUGUCAGGCAGUUGUUUAAAGAUUUCGCGCACUCUUGUGCCAGCUUGGUAUAGCAACAAAGCUUGUUGUCAUUUAGGAUCUGUAAUGCCACUAGCCAGGAGAAACAUGUCAAAGCCUGCGACCCAGUUUUUCCAACGUGCAGCGACGCUCGCGCCAAGUUCGGCGUCGGGAUUAAACUUGGCAUUGGGCGAAUAGGUACUGAAUGUGCCAUGCUGACUGUUAGAUUGUUGCUCCAUAAAAUUUACUCCUCGUCGCCAAUGUAAUAUCUAAGUACUAGGUAUAUAUUUGUGCUAUAGAAUAAAUUUAGCAUAACAUAAUGAUACAGUUCUAAUUGAUGUCUUAGUGUGUGUGUUCCUUCUACACAACGUGUCCUAUCUAUAUCUAUUUAAUUAGUUCCGACCGUAUAGUCCUGGUGCCGAGUGAAUGACAUGACGUCAUUACUAUACCGCCUGUCUGACAUUUUAUAAGCAGCCUACAUUGGCACGCAAAAUAAUUUUGGCUAAAACCAUUUCUUUCCCGUUAUUUGCAAUAGAAGCAUGAGAAUAUUGAGCUAAAAGUCUUACCUGAUGUAUGUUUAAAAUGUUUUUCUCUUUACGAUGCUUUUCAGUGCUUUGAGUACAGAAGUGAAUAGCUUUUAGUUUUGUCACCGCAAAGUGCCUUUCAAAAUGUCGGCUGUCAUUGUCUGUGUUAAAAACACCUGAGAAAAUUCCCAUUUUCUCACCUUCCCAUCCUUGGUUUAUAUUGAAAUAAAUAAAUUUAAGUACUAUCUGUCCUUUUAAAUAUAUUUGAAGUAAUCAAAAAACUUUAAAGAUGUACAAACACUGUGUUUUGGCUUGCACACUUUGUUGAACUUGAAGACUUAGUUACUGUUCUAAAUUACUAAAUUUCAUGUUGUAAACAAGAUGCCCCAAAAGAGCAAAGAAGUAUUUUUUGAAUUUUUUGAUAAUUUUGUAAUUCAUAUCCCAAAAGAUGAAAAUAGAUAUGAUAAUGUAGAUAUGUAUUAAUUUAGUUUUUAUAUAAAUUUAUGCAAUUGUUUCUGAGAUAUUGCCAUUUUGGUGAAAGCUUGGAAUUCAAUCAUGAAUUAACCAUAUUGCUUGCCAGUUAAGGGGGUGGAAACAUUGUAACAGCUUGCCAGUUAAUGAGUUAACAUAACAGGAUUCUGCCAUUGUUCUCGCUUUAUUAAUAAAACAAACACAAGUUUGCAGAUUAUUAUAACAAAUAUUUUAAUAAAAGAUAUAGCAAUUUCACUUACCAAACCAAGCACUUUCUCCUGGACCAAGCUUCUUUCCUUAUUUUUGGAUCGUUUUCCAUUCAAACUAUUCAUGAAGUUUGUUAAAAGUAUUUUAUUUUACGAGUUUCUCCUUGAAGUACUUGUACAUUCAUAUAUUAUCAUUUUGCAAAUGAAAGUACAUGAAAUUCAUGCACUAUUUUCUAUGAGAUAAAACACAACAGAAAUGGAAUUUACCUUUCAAAACUUUUGCUUGCCUUUUUUAAUAUCCUCACAUUUUUAUUUUGUGCUUGAAUCAAUGAGCUUUUUUAAAGCAAAACAGCAUUUUAUUUUUAAUAACAAUAAAUGUAUAAAUUUCCUAAUUUAUUUGUGACUUGUUGCUUUUGGAAAUUUUCAAGAAAAUCCCCCCUGGAGACGAGAAAUUUGAUGUUCCUGCAAAAAGUUUGUUUAUUUUAUCUAGCCAAUGGGAUCUUUAGGUUCUGUGAUGUCAGGCAGGUUUUGUGCACCCGACAGCUGUUCACCAUUUCAAGCCCGAAAACGUUUAUAUUUCCUCACAGUUCUUGUGUUUGCAAUUGUUCUAAAGCGAAAAAAAACUUGUCAAAUGCUUUAAAGGAAUCAAUGUUCAUGUACAGUUGGCUUUUUUCUAAGUUUUUGUGUUUAAGAGUAUUUUCAUGUGUAAGUUUGUGUAUAUAGAUCGUAUAGGUGAAACGCCGCCCGGGAGUUGCCAACCUUUUAGUAUAUAUAUAUACAUAAUCAUUGCAAUACGCUCCGCUUGCGCACGGCUGUGUUGUUAUGUCAGCGGUUGAGUGACCAUGUUUAUACUUCAUGCAGUUAAUGCUAUAAAGCAUAUCAAUGAUAACAGGUAUAAAACGAUAAAACCAACCAUUUAUCGGCAAACCUGUGGUCCCUUUUGGGACACCCGGUAAAUAUUGCAAAUAAUCUAUUAUGGUUGGAGUAGAAAUUGUUGCUGUUGUAUAUUAAGUUUCAGAUUUUUAGGCGAGCUUUCAAAUAAGUGUGGGCAAAUCAUGGUAAAGUCUCCUUCAGAGCCAUGAAAUCUAAAUUUCGGCUGUGUGCCUAAAAUAUAAACCCAUUUAACAUCAGACCUGUUUUUCUUUAAAUACUUUGCCAAAGAUCUUUAUUUUAACACAGUUUGAGAGAUGUUGAUUUUUUACACACCUAAGGCGAUAUUUACUGAUGAUCGCUCUUAAAUAUUCAGCCUUUCCUUUGCACUGCAAACUAUCAACCAAUUUGUUAAUGUCAUUCUGAGAUACCGCACCAUUUGGAGGUGUCGGGUUGAAAUUAACAUCCCUUUCAUUGCUAUGUUUUUGCUUCAAAUGACGGAUGACUUUUUAAUGCUAUGUGUCCAAAAAGGAUAGUGUUGUUAGAAUUAGCUCCUUGCCCGGAGGAUACAUUCCAUUAUUAGAGAGUUUUAGAUUGACGUUUACAGCAAACGUCAAACCGCUAACAAAGUUUUUGAUAUUACAACUCUAUUAUAACAGCUUUUACAUCAGUUUUGAAAUAUAUUAAACAAUUAUUAAACUUGUGGUACUUAACAAUGAUUCAAGAAAACAAAUUAACCACUAGUCAUGUAUUCACAAAAGCAGUAAAUUAAGAUUUAGCAUUUGAAGUUUACGGUUGGCGUAUAAAUUUCAUUAUUUGACGACUACAAGCCCUCGUAGCAGUUCAAGCAUAAAAUUUAUAUGCCAAAAUCAUCUUCAAACACCAGAUCGUAAUUUACAGCUUUGGUGAACACGUGACUAGUGGUUAAUUUGCUUUCUUAAAUCAUUGCUAAAGAACACAAGUUUAAUAAUUAUUUAAUAUAUUUCAAAACUGGUGUAAAAGCUGUUAUAAUAGAGUUGUAAAACCAACAACUUCAUUAGCAGUUUGACGUUUGCCGUAAACGUCAAUCUAAAACUCUCUAUUGUAAUACCUGGUUACAUGUCAAAACAUCAGGCACUUUUGACACUUCUAAUUGAACAUAGUCAAUAAUUUGAUACAGCAUAGCAGCAACAUGUUUACAUUGGCCUCCCUUGCCUGCCUUACACAAAUGACCGUAACAACCUCACCAUUUACUUGAUUCAAGUGUACAUAAACAACAUAACUCAGCUUCUUCAUUGAUGCAUGCACUGUAGGUUUCAGUAUAAAUUACUUCCGCUGACAUUGUUUGGAAUAUUAAGCUUUGUUUGAACAUUGCUAACAUAUCCUUCAUUAAACAGACAAUCCAGUGUGGAAUGUUGAAAUAUUUUGCGCUGGAUGGCUAAGAUCGUUCAUCAAAUUAUGCGCCAAAAGUAUUAAAAUUUUUGCACCUAAAUAACAACACUGCGCCACAGACUGAACUUAAGCUGGUUUUCAACUUGCAAAUUUUUUUCGUGUGAGGUGAAUUUUUCAUUUGUCUUUGGUCUCUCAAGUGGAACCAUUUGGAACUAAUUGGAUAGACAAAGGAAAAAUUUGCUUCGCACGAAAAAAUUUGCAAGUGGAAAACCGGCUUAACCGGAGGCUGAAUUUUAGCAUACUUUAAGAAAACAUGACUUGUCUUGUAGGACUCAGGAGUCUUUUUCUUAAGAUACCCAACUCUAUGACAUGGCAGCAUCAAUCUUACAUCACCAUCGAUAUACAGUUUUGUCGCUGCUGAAAUAACAUUUUCUGAACAAAGGACAUUGAGAUCCCAUCACACUAUAAAUUUGCAAGAAAUUUAUCAAUCAUCAAAUCAAGAAAUGUUUGCUAUUUCGCUGUCGUCAUGCAGUCGUUAUAAUGCAAACUUUAAAUUGGACCAAUCAGUGUGCGCUAUUCAUGACAGUCCGCCAUAUUUUUGAGAUCAGUGAGGAUGACCACCCACCGAAACAUCGUUGGUGAGCCACGCCCGCGAUAUUUGAUGAACUUUAGACUUCGCUAAUGCUUUCGUUUCCCCGGGUGUAAAUAGCCGGGGGGAAUUAGUACCCUCGCACGGCGCUUUGCGCCGCCGGCUCGGGGAUAAAGCCAUAGUAAAUGCUAUCUAGAAGCUUGAAAAUUAUGCCGAGUCUCUGACUACAAAUGUCUUGACAACACAGUCAUGUCAGUAGACUUUCCAAAGUUCGUGGUUCCUGGAAGCUACAGACUUUUGUCACCCGCAAGCGCGCCAAAAUCACCGGUGCAUUUUUGCUCCGGUGACGUCAGUGAAUGCUCAUUAUUAUUCUGUACUAACGACGCCAUUUUGUAAAAUUUAUAUUUAAUAUAAACCAUUGAUAAACAGACUCGCCAUCCAUUGUGAAUAUAUGGAAAGUCGCAUAUGAACAAAACAAUAAUGAACAAGAGACGCUCUAUAGAGCGUUAACUGGGGCUAUACACCGUACAAACACGCACAUAACCGUAUAUGAUUCAUACAUGCAUGCAGUACACAGUUGUUUCACUUAAGAUUUAUGGUUGUCCCUUGGUUGUCACGAGCUAAGCGGAACUGUCGAAUACGAGCGACAAAGGGUUGAAGAUUAAACUUUUCAGUUACAGUUUUGUUCACUCUGUUUUGAACUAUAUCAACAUGUAACAGUGCUCUGUCUAUCAUGCAACCUACUUUAUUAUUUUAAUGUCUUAUAUACCAGUCGAUUUUACUUGUCAAGGGGAGAGUGCUGCCGCUCUCAAAUUGGCUAGGUUUGUAUUGCAGGUAGGUGGCUCAGUUUUGAAGUUUCUGUUAAUAUAAUGAGCCCAGCUCAUGAUUUUAUACAAUCAGACACAGUACCAAUGCGGCCUAUACAAACAAAACUCUCGGCGUUAGUCCACCGGCUAGGAUUUAUAAACAGCGCUUUAAAACGUUAAAAAUAAAAUAGUUUGGGGCCUUUGGGCACAAAAUACUAUCAAAAUGAAGAGAGAAGCGAGACAAAUCCACUGGUAUACGGCCGAAAAAGAGAAAACCAACGAUACCAAAGUUAUCAAGGAUCAAACGUACUGCAUUUUUUAUAAUUAGUUGAAUAAUUUUGAGCGAUUCGUUCGCAAUACAAUUUCGCGUGGAUUUUACUGUAAAGAUAAAGGCCAUAAAUCGCUAGAAUACUGUUGUUUAGUGAUACAUUUGACACCCGUAAGUACAAUUUCUUACGCUGAAUCGAACGCUGGUAUUUUUUAUCUUUAUUGCGCCAUUAGGCAUUACAACUUAGUACAAGGUCAAGGACAAACAUACUGCGACUGAGUGUCAACAUGAAUACGUAUUGCAAACGAUUUGUAAACAAUACAAUUUCGCUUGAUUUUGAAUGGCCAUAAAUCGCUAGAAUACCGUUGUUUAGUAAUACAUUUGACAUCCGUAAGUACAAUUUCUUACGCUGAAUCGAACGUUGGUAUUUUUAUCCUUAUUGCGCCAUUAGCCAUUACAAAUACAAUAUAUUUCACACUACAGUUUUCACGUUUCCACAGCUAUUAACAACAAUUUAAUAUAGGGACUGUUGUUGGAUAAAUUUUAUAUUGAUAUGACUUCUCGUAAAGUAGUUAUCUAUUACAGUAAAAAUAAGUUGUGUAGUUUACUGUAAGUUAUAAUUUUACAUUGAAAUUUGUCUUUGCUUCGUUUAUAUUCAGAUUCAGUAUAUUAUGUCAUGCACGGGAAUUCGACGAUCCAAAUUUCGGAUUUUCAGAGUCGUGCACAAAGAAAAACGCAUUAACUAAACUGGCAAGAAUGUCUAGAGUUAGACACAAUGCAAAAUCCAUAAAAAACGGCUACAAUUCGUUGAAAAUUUUAACAAAAUUGUUUGAAAUAUUUUGGCCACUCCACGAAAGGCCCCAGCGAGUAACUAGUGAAAUUGACAUGGUGAACGCCCACUAUCUCAUAAUUGAUUUUCGCGCCAAAUUUUUCAGUAAGAUUCAAAAUCAGGCAAGUGACACAAGUCGCUCACUUCUGUCUUUCUCAAGCGCUCCCUUCUUGCUACGCGCGGUCCCUAGCGAGCGACUUGGGCAAGUCUAUCAUGUCAGGCAUGCAAAUAUUUCCAAUCUCCUCAGCUACUUAAACCUGUUAAGUAGAAAGUGUAGUUGUGUAUACCAGUAUGGUCUAGUGUUGAUCACAACUUGCGAGUAUAUAAAUAUUAAACAUCAACGAUUAUAAGACCAUUGCUCAGACUCAGUAUCGUAAAUUUGUAUAUAAUUUUUUUAAUUGAGCACAUUUUUAAUACAUGUACAUCAAACAUGAUCAACAAACAUUGUCAUAUUUACAAGGUUAUUUGUAUAUAUAAACUUUCCGCCAUAUUAAAAACACUGAAAUCUGCUAGGCAUUCUGAAGCACCUUUAGCAGUGACAUCACACCUAGGUUCCAGUCUCGUACUACGUCUAUGUUUUUUCUUGCACUUGCUUCAGAACGUCUAGGACUAGGCUGAUAAAACGCUCUUACAGUACAAAAUUUUAAUCACUGAUUCUUCAUUGAUACAAGCUUCGAACAGCGCAUGGUUUGCAAAUUCAAAUCUAAAGAGCUUGCACGUUUUCAUCUUAUGGAUAUCAUCUUGAACUAAUUCCAACUUCAUCAAAUAUGUCUCCAAAUCGACUGUUAAAGCCGCAGGGAUGCUGUUUUCUCUGAGAGGGUCAAGACAUGACAGAAGAAUGGCUUUCAAAUCCUUAUCCCAUAUAAGCUUCCGAUGACACUUCUUCCAAUCAGUUAGAUGUACCCUUGCAUUGUCUUUCAUUUUAGGGACAUAAUCCAUGUUACCAUACUCCCUGCAUGGGAUGCCUUGCAUAACCAUGUGACCAGCAGACGUAUCCACUUAUGAGCUUUCCACACUGGGAAGGAAAGACCUUCGAGAAGAGACAUUGUUCAAGCAACAGGCUCAAAUAUAUCAUGAAUUAACAAACUUUGAAUGGUCUUGUUUUAGGGAGUGGUCAUUAUUUAUGGGGAGGGGGG